CUCGCGCAUCAGUCUGAUCUGUUUACCACGCGUUGACGCGUAACACUUGGGCUUGAAUUUCGUCGAGCUAAAUGGCACGGCAAGGGGUUAAUAAACUGCUAAUCCUAUUAGACAAAUUAAAAUGUGAAAUGAAAUAUUGAAUCAAAAUUCUGCGUUAACAUCUGGGGAUAACAAAAAUCAUUAUCCCUGUUAAAAAUAACGUAUUCCUUCCGAGGAUAUAAGCAGCGACUUCCUCGACAGGAAUUUAUUCGCUGUUAGAUUCAGUCAGAACGACAAGUGUACACCAAAAGCCUUAAGAAUCUUAAUAAUCAUAAUCUCUGAAAAUGAACACUUCGUCUGUAAACGUGGGUCGUUCGUGUCUGAGCAAAAACAAUUUCGGUUUGUACCUGGGAAAAAGGGGCAGGGCGGACGGUCUCGCCUAUCCCUAAAAAAGUUGUAGAGGAGGGGGAACUGAUGCCCAAGCUUCACUACCUUCUAGGCAGUGGUGACGAGUGCGCAGAUUUCGGAGUGGACACGAACGACACACGUUUACAGACGGUGUGUAGUAAACAGAUAAAGCAGCGAUCGGCUGAAGAAGUCACGCGCGUACUGCGUCAACGCGAAGUAAUUACAUAUUUUGGAGGUGAUGACAGCGAAGAUGAAACGGACGCAAUUGAAGAAGCUGAUAGUGAUGCCACGGAGAGCGAUGCUAUUAUUGUAAACUCGAAAACGAUCGAAAAACGCAAUACUGCUGCGCUAAAUGCAAGAGACCAGUAUGCGAAGACCAUCGCGUCAUGUGUUGUGCAAACUGCAUCGACUAAAUGUAAUUAACUUUUUUUUUGUAUAAUAGAUGUAAGAUACCUUUUUUAUUA